GCACGGGCAGCCUACUGCUCGGGGCCCGCCCGGGUCCCUUACCCCGCUGAGCCCUCGGGGCUGUACCGGCCCCCCUCACCCGCUCCCACUUGGAGCUACAGCUCCCCGGAGUGCCCUGCCGAGGGCUCCGCGCUCCGCAGGCAGCAGGUCCCGGGAUACUCCCCACCGCAGGGGCCAGUGCCACAACCCAGAGUCCCUGAGGACACAUGGGGUCCCUCCUCUGCCUACGGGGUGCAGCCGCGUUAUGCCUGGCCCGCGGCCUCGGCACACGGGAACCUCUACGUGUCCGAUUCACAUCCGUCCUGGAGCAGCACUGGGGCUCCUUCCCACCCUUCUGCCUGGGACUCGCAGGUACAGGACUCUGCCUAUGACAGACCCGAGCAAAGCCCCAGCCAGCACAGCUACUAUUCCAAUGUCAACCACCAGCACUCAGGGGCAGCGAACGAGCACAGGCUGGCGAAGGCCCCCCCGUCCCACCCCCGGGUGCAGUACAGUGCUCAGCCCCAGCUGUACGACGUCGCCCCACGGAAGCCUGGGGCUGGGAGCAGGGAGCCUGGCCUCAGACCUGGAGACCAGCCUUCCACUAAUUCUGCAGCCAUCCAGCCUGAGAUCCAGAGGAUCCUCCAUGUGAUGGGGGAGGCUGAAUUGCUGGAGCAAGAGGUGAUAAAUCCGCUUCUGGAGGAGAUGUUGACCAAGCUGCUGCUGGAGCUGGAUUCCAUCGAGACUGGGGGCCAGGACAGUGUCCGGCAGGCCAGGAAAGAGUCCGUCCACAGAAUUCAGGCCAUACUGGAAAAACUGGAAAGAAAGGGAUUGUGA